UUGACUACGCUCGGGAAAACAUUCGCGGCCUGCGCUGUCUGUCUCUUCCACUCCCCCGAGCUUCAAAGAGUGGAAGUGCGUGCGUGUGAGUGAGUGUUUGUUGGUGGAGGAGGAAAAUUUUCCAGCUUGCAAAGUUGUUGCAAAACUUGUAACGCUUCCGAUUUGGAAAAAUGGGGAAAAGCUUUCAGCGUCGAUCGGGAAAAAAUCUUUUUUGAGAGGAUUUUUUUUACGUUUUGAAAAAAGUUCUUCCAUUAAGUGCAAAAUACGUAAGGAGCAUCACCAUCGAAAUAAUAUGGAUUCCCGAAUCAUGGAGCCCAGUCAAGAAAGUGAAGUAAUUGUGUAACCGAAGAGUUUUCCCAGCCGAUGGAAACCGGUGAAGGUUGGAGUUGGCAAGGGAAUCGAGAGAUGAAAAAGUGGAAAAUCAUCCCCCGAAAAUCGAGCUGAAGUGAGCCAGCAUAUUUUGGGCAGCUUUUCCUGUGAAAAUAGCAGGAAAAAAUCGUUUCAUCCGGAAAAAAGAAGUAAUCACCGGUCAUUAAUUAGGGCCCGAUCAAAGUGAGAUUAAGGGUCACUCUAUAAGCCUCAGAAAAGGGAAAAAAUAGCUAGAGGUGGCCAGCAACAUAUGGCAAGGGCGAUGUUUUUGCUCCAACAACGUUAUCAGUGUCGAUGUCGUCGCGGUGAACGAUAGUGAAAAGUUGUCGCCGAAGAUUGUGGUUUUUGGCUUUGGCUGUGUGAGUGCGUACUCUGCGAGGGUGGAUUCAUCGGCUGUGGCGUAGGGAAAAUCAAUUGGAUACCGUCUGUACGCGUGUACUCUGUCAUCGAUUGGUUGGGAAAAGAAAUCCUCCCCAACCGUCACCAUGAUGAUGAUGGACAUCCUGCGGUGGCUGCCCGGGGCCUGUGGAAGCCUCGGCCCUGCGCUGAUCCCGCCAGCUCACAUCGCCGUGCUGUGGUACUUCUGGCAGAACUAUUCCCGCUACGUGGACAAACGGUUCUGCUCCUGCUCGUGCUGGGACACGGUGUUCAAAGGAACUUACGAAUCGGGCAUUGCGUCCUACAAGCACAUGUACUUCAACGCAACCCAAAACACGAUGAAGAUGUGGCUGCUGAUCGUGGUGGGGGUGAUAUCACUGUACGAGUGUACCAAGUAUCUGACCCAGCUGUUGCUGCAGGGUCGCGUCCGGUACACGAUGAUCGUGCUGUUCCUGCUGUCGAUCUUUUCGCACUAUUACGCCUGGUGGGCGUACCUCAACUACUACAACGACGAGUACUACAACCAGUGGAACCAUCAGCUGUUCUUCACGAUCACCGAGCUCAUAUCAACCAGCUUUGUGCUGCACCUGGCCAGCGUGGACAACGUGGUGACCUCGCGGAAAACGCUCGCCAUCGUUGGCAUCGCGAUCCUGCACAUCCUGGCCAGCGGUGUGGACCAGUUCAUAUCAAACGUGUUCCGGGGCGAGGGCUAUCCCCAUCAGGUGGUCCGCGAUCUCGGCUUCAUGAUUCCGGACGUGAUGCACCUGGUGCUGCCCCUAUGGCUGCUGCGGCAAACGCGGAAGGAGAGUUUCAGCACGCGGCCCUUCUACCGGGAUCGGAACCUCCGGCGGGACGUGGUCCUGAUGUUCUUCACGGUCGCAGUAUUAUUCACCAUUUGCUCGUUUCUGUAGAAAACGAAUCGCUAUCCUUAAAAGUAGUAUGUAAUAGAACAAUCGUGUUAAAAGCCAUGCUUUAAGAUGGCCAAAAGACUACUCCACAAUACAUUUAUAUUACAAAAAUACGUGCUAUCCCGAAUUCUUCCAUAAAAAAACUAAAACACACCGUAAAAUGUAGAAUAAUGCAAGUGUUGCUAGACGAACGAAUGAAUAGGGCGUGUAUGAGAGUGCAAAGUAAAAGUAAAUAUACAAUAGUUGGAAUUUUUCGUUUUAGAGGAAUAGCCCACGAAACGUUCUCCCCGCGUGCGGUUUGAGGGAAAGCAAAGAAGUCUACCAAAACUGCAGUGUUUUAUUAAAUACAAAAAUGUUUUGUUUGCAGCAACAUCAGUUUUUCUCCUUUGAAAAAUGCGAUGUAUUUUUCUCGUUUAGUGUUUUCUUGAAAUUGAAGAAGCAAAUAGCAAACUUCCAACUCAACGCUCCAAAUAGAAGGAAACAUUGUCUGCCAAGAAACGCUCACAGCUGCAGUAGAAUUUUAUCUAUGAAUAUCAGAAGAAAAACACCGUAUGUAAACCCAAAUCAUUGUAGUAGCCAAAAACAUAUCCCCUAAAUUCUACUUAUCAGCAACCCGUUAGUGGACAAAGAACUGCUCCUUAUUGGAAGGCCCAAGAAAAUAGAAAUCGAACUGGAAAAUCAGCCACUUAUCCUUAAUUGUUCAUAUCACCCGUCACGCAAGACUAUUUUUUUUCGUCGGUAGCCCUCCUGUAUCAGUAGUUUAAAAACAUAGCAAAACUCAAAGUCUAUUUAACGGGGAUUUUAAAGCGCUAGUUAUCCAAGGAAACAAUCGUGUAGAGAAGGAAAUCUAUAGAAGACUUAGGUUGCGGUUGGUUGCCAAUAACUUUUCAACGACUUUUUAUCAAAACAAAACAACAGUUAAAGUACUUUUCCAAGCAGAAUAUCGACUUUUAACUUUUACUAGUAGCUCUUGCUGUCGACGUCGUCGUGGUGGAUCUUCCCUAGAAACACACAAAACUUACAACACAUUCAUCUAGCGAAGUAGAGACAAUAACAAUGUAAUUAACAUUUAAUAAACCCGCUAAGGGAUGCGCCAACGUAGUGGAUAAAACGAAAAGUAAUGCUUGUUUGUGCGUUGGAGACAUCGAUUGUGAUAGUGUGGCUGUUUUUGUUAUUUAAAAAAAAUAUGUUUACUUGAGUUGUCCCCCUAAAAUGUAUGCUUUAAUUAGAAACCCAUGAAAAAAAUCAUUGAUGAACGCCUGGGGUGAUAUUUGAGUUGAACAAACUAAAAAUUUUCCGAGGACGUUGGAUAAUUGAAUUUGGACUGCAAUUAAUUUCAAAAAUGUCUUGACCGUCCCUGAUGCUAGUAAUUUUCCAGGUUCAACUCGGAUCGAUUUGCAGUCUUCGACGAAGUUUUUGGGCAUAGGAUUACCAUAAGAAUCUCACACUUUUCUUCAUACAUUUUUACUAAAAUCGAAACGUAAAAAAAUGUUAGUUUGUUGAACCUGAGCAAUUGUCUACCAAAACCGGAAAUGGAGAAUAUUUGUAUUUUUUUAAUUUAUCUCAAACUUUGUGGGGGCCUUCCCUAUUACCAAAGAAGCCAUUUUGUGUCAUUGGUUCACCCAUACAAGUAUCCAUACAACAUUUUGGCAGCUGUCCAUACAAAAAUGGUAUGGAAAUGGAAUUUUUUGAUUGAUUUUGUGGCUUCGGCAAAGUUAUAGGUAGGUAUUGUUGAUGACUAUUGAGGAAAACAGGUACACGGGAAAAAAUAUUUGCGGAUUUUUUUAUUUACUUUUUUCACAAAUACUCAAUAUUCCAAAAUACAUAUUUUUUGAUAUUCGAGAAUUUUUUGAACAAAAACCCACAACUUUUGAGCCAUUGA